AUGUUCUACCUUUGGGUAUAUGUUGCUGUUGUUUCACUGGGGAGGAUCCACGCUUAUUCUCCGGAGUCUGAAAGAUCUUCGGGUUCCACUUUGGUGGCCGUGGACAGCUCGGGCGGCUCCACACAUCUUAUGAGAUCUCAGACAGGCGAACGAGUGGAAACUGGAAAUCCCUAUGGCAAGAUGGUGAAAAUGCUGCACUCCAAAGGGGCCGACGAAGAUUCAAUUGUAGCCACCGCCGCAGAUGUGGAGAAGAACGGAGGACUACCAGCUCCUCUUCAAACCUUGAGGUGGGCCAUUCCUGCCAGCGGGACGGUAGUUAUGGGACUACUUGCAGCAGUGAUAUACAGGUGCAAGAAGCGCUGGCCCGAAGUGGAGACGGCGGGAAGUGAAGAGCAGUUGAAAGAAUGGUCCUCGGGACAUUUCGACUGUCUCUCGGAGCCUGCCAUUUGUUGUGCCUCCUGUUGCUGUCCCUGCAUCCGAUGGGCCGACACCAUGGAUAUGGCCAACAUCGUUGCAUUCUGGCCGGCUGCUUUAGUGUUCCUGUUUCUCAUGGUGUCCAAUUUUUGGGUGCCAGCUUUCAUGCUCAUCAACAUUGCGCUGUUGACCUAUGGACGGCAGAUGCUACGUAAAGGCUUUGGAAUGAAGGAGCAAACAACUGCAAGAAGUCUAUGCGGCGAUUGCCUCUACGUGUCCUUUUGCACUCCCUGCGCCAUCACGCAGGAGGCGCGGCAUGUGGAAAAGGCCGCGAAGGUGGGACAUUCUCUGGUAGAGAGCAAGCGCCCGAUGGCGUCGCAGGCAGCACCAGCUGAGCCGGCUCCAGCCCCAGCUCCGGCCGCUCCCGUCGCGGCGUCGCCGGCGCCGGCGGCCACCCCUAGCAGCGCCGCGGCCGCGCCGGUGCCGGCGCCACGACAGGAGGUCAUUCAGAGCUCCCGGCCUUCUGCCAAGAAGGAAGCCGCAAAGCCACCACCAGCACCAGCAGCAAAGACAGCUGAAUCAGAUGAGGAGUUCUGA